GGAGGAGGAGGCUUGUCAGCUGCAGCAGGUCUAGCGUCUCCUCUUUUCGAACGUGGCUUGACAUCUCCAGGCAGCGGAGCUGCAUGUGUGUGAGCACAACCCGAGCGAGAGAGAAUGGCAGUGCUCAAACUCACCGACCAGCCACCGCUGGUCCAAGCUAUUUUCAACGGUGAUCCUGAUGAGAUACGUAUGUUAAUCUACAAAACAGAAGAUGUUAAUGCUCUGGACACAGAGAAGCGGACGCCUCUUCACGUUGCUGCUUUCCUAGGGGAUGCAGAGAUCAUUGAGCUCCUCAUCUUGUCUGGGGCUCGUGUCAAUGCCAAGGACAACAUGUGGCUGACUCCUCUUCACCGUGCAGUUGCUUCAAGGAGUGAAGAAGCAGUGCAAGUAUUGAUUAAACAUUCGGCCGAUGUCAACGCCCGGGACAAGAACUGGCAGACCCCUUUGCAUGUAGCAGCUGCAAAUAAAGCUGUGAAGUGUGCUGAAGUGAUCAUUCCCCUUCUGAGCAGUGUCAAUGUCUCUGACAGAGGGGGUCGGACCGCGUUACACCAUGCAGCUCUGAAUGGCCACGUUGAAAUGGUGAACUUGCUUUUGGCUAAAGGGGCAAACAUUAAUGCCUUUGACAAAAAGGACCGAAGAGCUUUGCACUGGGCAGCAUACAUGGGCCACUUGGAAGUUGUUUCAUUGCUGAUUAGUCAUGGUGCUGAGGUGACAUGUAAGGAUAAGAAGGGUUACACUCCACUUCAUGCUGCUGCAUCCAAUGGGCAGAUCAGUGUGGUGAAACACCUCCUCAAUCUCGGUGUGGAGAUUGAUGAAAUGAACGUCUAUGGAAAUACUGCACUUCAUAUCGCCUGUUAUAAUGGGCAGGAUUCUGUGGCUAAUGAGCUGAUUGACUAUGGAGCGAAUGUCAACCAACCUAAUAACAGUGGAUUCACUCCCCUGCAUUUUGCUGCUGCUUCUACUCAUGGAGCUCUUUGUCUGGAAUUGCUAGUGAAUAAUGGGGCAGAUGUUAACAUUCAGAGUAAAGAUGGGAAGAGUCCAUUGCACAUGACAGCUGUCCAUGGGAGAUUCACACGGUCCCAAACUCUCAUUCAGAAUGGAGGUGAAAUUGACUGUGUUGAUAAGGAUGGCAACACCCCUCUCCAUGUGGCGGCAAGAUAUGGACAUGAGCUUUUGAUUAACACCCUAAUAACCAGUGGAGCUGAUGCUGCCAAAUGUGGCAUCCACCGUAUGUUCCCCUUACACUUGGCAGCACUUAAUGCUCAUGCUGACUGCUGUAGGAAGUUGCUGUCAUCAGGACAAAAGUAUAGCAUAGUGUCCUUGUUUAGUAAUGAGCACGUGCUGUCUGCAGGCUUUGAAAUAGACACCCCAGAUAAAUUUGGAAGAACGUGCCUCCAUGCCGCUGCUGCAGGAGGUAAUGUUGAUUGUGUGAAACUCUUGCAGAGCAGUGGAGCAGAUUUUAAUAAAAAGGACAAAUAUGGAAGGACACCUUUGCACUAUGCAGCUGCAAAUUGUCAUUUCCAAUGUAUGGAGACACUGGUGACCACAGGGGCCAAUAUUAAUGAAACAGAUGACUGGGGACGAACGGCUUUACACUAUGCUGCUGCCUCAGACAUGGACAGAAAAAGAAAGAAUAUUUUGGGUAACUCCCAUGAAAAUGCUGAAGAACUUGAAAGAGCCAAUGAAAUGAAGGAAAAAGAAGCUGCAUUGUGUCUAGAAUUUCUUCUUCAAAAUGAAGCCAACCCAUCAAUCCAGGACAGAGAUGGAUACAAUACAGUGCACUACGCCGCUGCUUAUGGACACAAGCAGUGUCUAGAACUGCUUCUGGAGAAAACCAGCAACGUUUUUGAGGAAUCAGACUCAACAGCUACAAAAAGCCCUUUGCACUUAGCUGCCUAUAAUGGUCAUCAUCAAGCCUUGGAAGUGCUUCUUCAAUCUCUGGUAGAUCUGGAUAUUAAGGAUGAAAAGGGACGUACUGCCCUAGACUUGGCUGCGUUUAAAGGACACACUGAAUGUGUUGAAGCUCUCAUCAACCAGGGUGCUUCCGUCAUAGUCAAAGAUAAUAUCACCCAACGGACCCCUCUUCAUGCCUCAGUCAUCAAUGGACACACACCAUGUUUACGGCUUUUAUUAGACGUAGCAGAUAACCCCGAUGUAACAGAUGCCAAAGGACAAACUCCAUUGAUGCUGGCAGUGGCUUAUGGACACAUAGAUGCGGUUUCCUUGUUACUUGAAAAAGAAGCCUCUGUGGAUGCAGCUGAUAUCUUGGGGUGCACUGCUUUACACCGAGGGAUUAUGACCGGACACGAGGAAUGUGUUCAAAUGCUGUUGGAACAAGAAGUAUUGAUUUUGUGUAGGGAUGCCAGAGGCAGGACACCUCUACAUUACGCAGCAGCUCGUGGUCAUGCUACAUGGCUGAGUGAAUUGAUGCAGUUGGCGCUUUCAGAAGAGGACUACAGUUUUAAAGAUAAUCAGAGUUACACACCUUUGCACUGGGCUUCUUAUAAUGGUAGUGAAAGCUGUAUAGAGGUACUGUUGGAACAGAAACCUUUCCGCAACUUCAAUGGAAACCCUUUCUCCCCAUUGCACUGUGCUGUAAUCAACGAUCACGAAAAUUGUGCAUCACUACUCAUUGGGACCAUUGGUGCUGGCAUUGUCAAUUGUAAAGAUGAAAAGGGAAGAACACCACUACAUGCAGCAGCUUUUGCUGAUCACGUGGAAUGCUUGCAGCUUCUCUUAAACCACAAUGCACAAGUAAAUGCUGCAGAUAAUUCAGGGAAAACACCACUUACGAUGGCUGCUGAAAAAGGUCAUGUAGGGGCUGUAGAUUUUUUGGUGAACAGCGCCAAGGCCGAUCUAACUUUGAAGGAUAAGGACUUGAAUACAUCCUUGCACUUGGCUAGCAGUAAAGGACAUGAAAAAUGUGCCUUGUUGAUACUUGAGAAGAUACAAGAACAGAGCCUUAUUAAUGCAAAAAACAAUGCAUUACAGACACCUCUUCAUAUUGCUGCACAGAAUGGCUUGAAGAUGGUCGUUGAGGAGUUACUAGCAAAAGGGGCAUGUGUACGAGCAGUAGAUGAAAACGCUUCUAGGUCAAAUGGACCCUGUUCCUCGCCUGAAAAAGAUGUACAGAAAGAAGAAUGAGACUCUUAAAAUACAAAGAACUAACCAGCUAUACCAUGAGGACCAAAAGGCUUCAGUAUCUUAAAUGGGAAGACUUUAUUAUUUUUUUAAUAAUGCAAGUAACUUUUCUAAUCACAAAUGCACACAAAGUGUUUUCCGUAAUUAAGAGUCUUGGCUGUAUUGUACACUUAAAGACACAAAUUUCUAGUAGAUACUUUGACAUUUGUAACUGAUGAUGAUGUGUUGAUCACAGUUUAUUUUUCCAGACUAGAUAAUGUUCAUACUUUUAAUGUAAAAUGUGUUUAUAUUUAUUUGAAAUGAAACAAGUGCCCAGAAAAAAAUGACCAUGGUUUGUUCUCCUUUUAAAGUUCCUUUAUGUCUUUAUUAGCUAGGAAUUUAGGCAAGCCUAGUAUGCUGAGUUUGAUAGAAAGAAUGGGCACAUGAUGAAGCUACUGUUUAUUGGUUCUUAUACAGCAAGCUGGGAGUAAUGUAAAAGCAAAACUGUGUUCAUACCCAGUUUGGCAUGGGAAGUGGUGGUGUUUGCUUCAUGAUUUUAUGGCAUUUGUUGCUAGCAGGGCUGACCCUAUCAUUAGACAAAGUGAGGCAACUGCCUCAGGCGGGAGAUGUUUGGGGGAAGCAGUAGUAGUUACCUGUCCAUUCUUACUGAGACCCCAGUCACUUCCUCUGUUAGAGGACAAAGUUGUUUGUGUCACAUGCCCUGUCCCGCAUGCCAUAAACUAGCCAUUGCUCUCAGGUCCGGUGGAGGUGCGCACUGUGCAGUCAUCAGCAUUGAAGUAAAAGUGCAGUCCAGUUUGUUUCUUUACAUGGAAGGGUGGUGGUGGGAACUUUGUUCUUUGCAUCAGGUAGCAAAAUAUCUUGGCCCAGCCCUGGUUGCCAGAGCAGAGGAGAACAGAUAGAAAAAGUCCAUGGUGAAUUUAUUCCCUCAGUAAAGAAAUUAUGUUCCACAUUUCAUAGUACAAACCAAAGGGAGGAGACAGAAGGGAACUACCAUUACUCUCUCAUUGAAGCAAGAUAUAUAGCUCUCCUCACCCAAAAGAUAAAAACAAAGUAAGUUUCAACCUGAGACUGCAUUUUCAUCCAACAACAUAGAUGUAUAUAUUGACCCUGGGUGCACUUUUCAUUGCAGACUUUACACAGAAGUAGACCUAAAAUAUGGUUCUAGGAGAUUGUCACUUACAUGGUAGUAAACAAUGUCCCCAAAUAGCAGCCACAAAAAGCUCCUGGAAUUAAAAAAAAAAUGUCUGCCAAAACCCAACUGAAUCCUUGGUUCUGGAAUAUUUUUUGUCAUAGCCAAUGAGACGUGAUAAGGUAAAAAGUUUCCAGAAAAUACCGGUCCAGGGAGGCAGAUUUGAGUAUUCAUAUGGAUUUACUUUUCUGAAAACCAAAAAAGCCUGGAACAAAAAAUAUCCCAAGGCAUCUAUUGAUUUUUUAUCAUUGGGAUGCCAAUGAUCUCAGUCAACAUUAAUGUAUUAGGAUCAAAACAUGUCUAAAAAAUGCCCCAUGAUACAAGUAGACAGAAUGAAGGGCACAUCUUCUGUAACUACAAAUGUGGAUUUGUUUGGCGGAUGUUAUAUUACCCCAAGAUGCAUUUGAACGUGGCUUGGGAUAGUAAAUUACCUCUCAAACCACUUGUAUCAGUUUCUUUGGUUUUGUUCCAUGAAAGUUUUUCACGUCACAUUUUGCACUCUGGUAGGGAUACUGAAGUACAAAAUAAAUGGGGACCACUUUAGUUGUUAAGGCUCCAUGUGUCUAUAAAUUGCCACUAUCAGCUUUAACACAGAGACAUGGUUCGCUCGUAAUGGAAAUCUGGGGUUAAUAAACUCACAAACUGCAAAAUCCAGCAUGAGCAAAUGAGCUACUGUGGCACGCUCAUCAUUACCACAUUUAAUUAACAACCUACAAUUGCUCCGUAAGUAGGUUAUUAGCAUUACAUCCAGUCCCAGACCCUGGGUUGUUUAGUGGUUAAAUAACUCAACCUAUGAUUUGUUACUGGAUUAACUCUGAGUUGUUUAACCCCUAAACAACCCAGAGGGUCUCAUUUUGGACAUUUCAUUAACAACCAAUGCAGGGGGUGAUUGAAGGUUGUUAACUGAAAGUGCAAGUGACAAUUUGUGCCGGAGGCAGCACACUCACUCAUUCCUGCUAGAUUUCAGCAAUUUGUGGGUUAACCUACAACUGCAGUUGCAUGCUAACCAGGUCACACAAAAAUGGUGACUGGGAUUCUUAUGUUUUUUUGUGGGGUUCCCCCCCCCCCUGUUUUUUUGUUUGUUUAUACUCCAGCACAUUUCCUUGGCUAGGGAAAGUACUGGAGUCUGGUUUCCACUAAGGUCUUGAGAAAAUGGGCAUAGGCUGCAGAGUGCUCCAUAAAACUCAAUGUUAGACUCUGCAAUGAAUCCAUGGCCAGAGCUAGACCUAAGGUUUAACCCAGGAUCAUCCUGGGUUCAUCCCUGCCUGAGCACUGGAUGCCCUGUGUGGCACUUAGAUGAACAGGUUUGACCCCAGGACAAUCCUGGGAUAAACCUUAGGUCUAGCUACGGCCCAUGACUGCAAGAUGCAAUCACCAGCUCAUCAAGCAUCCAGAAGUUCAAAUGCCAGGUUUUAUUGAGCACAACAGCCCAAGCCUGCUAUUCUCGAAACAUGAACAUGAGGAGGUUGUGUUUUAAAUCCUGUUUGAGAGGGAAGGGGGGUAAUGCUCUAAUUUUGCAUGCUAAAGUCUGUGUUGUCUAGAAGGAUUGAGAAUUACUACAUCAGAUCCUGCAGCAGGCACACCAAAGGGACAUGCAUAGUUUGGGAGAUUACUUAUCAGCUACUGACAAUAUUUCAUAAAUAAAAGUCUGAAAAUUCCCAUUUUAAUAAAAAAAGCAAACUUAGAUGUUUUAGUCUUGUGAGGACGUCUAAAAUACCUAUAAUUAUAAUAAUAUACACAAUCCUGUAUCAGCAUAAGGUCUGAGAGGAAGAAAAAUGGCCAAGGAAGAAACAUCAAAAUGACUGCCAGUAAGAGUUAAACAAUCAUGUUAUUCCCAUCUACUGUACUUUGCUGAGCUAUUGUGGAUCAGAUUGGUGGGAAUUAUAAAAUUGAAGGGCUCUCUCCCCCGACUCCAAAUCCUUGAAAUCGAAAUGGAAAACCUUUACUGACUUUAAUGAUUCAUAUAUUUUCCUCCCUUCAGCUGCAAUGUGAAAUCUUAGCAUCUAAAUCAUAGGUUUUCCCUGUUAGUACUGUAACUUUUUAUAACUGAAGCAGGCAUUUUAAAAUAUUACUGAACAGCACUUGAAAUGAGGGAGAAACAUUGGUUCUAUGUAGAAUUGAGAAGAAACCCCUAAUUUCUUUUUAGUUCUGGGCUGAUCAUUAUUUAAAGAAGCAUGGGAUUUCUUUACAGCAGAGAGAGAAGGUGAAAUACAAGUGACUCUUCACCUACAGGGCAGAAGUGCCCUCUCUCCUGCACCUCCAAAAUCUGCUCCAGAGGAGGACCUUUGAGCAGAUUUGGAAGUUAAAGAGAAUAGGAGAGGAAGUCCCAUUGCACUUGCAUAAAUCCAUUUGUGCGAAGCUGGUUGUUACCCACAGUAAUCUUGUUACUCUAUAACAUCCUUCCCCAACCUGGUGCCAAUAGCCAUGCUGGCUACAUCUACAGAGCACCAGGUUGCAUAAGGCUGUUCUAUAGUGAUUUCUUAAACUAAUAUAUUCUUCAACAUAUUAGUUGGACGUACUUAACAGGAUUGCCUUUCUUCAAGGCUGGAAUCCUCUGCACCACUAUAUAGAAGUAAGUUCCACGGAACUAAGUGGAACUUACUUCCAUGUUCACACUUUUAGGAUUGGGCUGCAUAGUGUGUCAUGCCUUUUCCCCCCUGUCCCUAAUCCAAACAUAUUAGAAAGCCAAUGUUUUGAAUUACGCCCUCACAAUAUUUUUGAUAGUGUGUAAUUUGAGUAUAAAAGAACAGUGCAAUCCACAAUCAUUAAAAAUAAAUAAGAUAUUUGCAAUCUAUUUAAGUGGGGUAUGAAUUUCACUCUAAUUGUUCUCUUCUCUAAAUGGCAAUACUGUUUUGUAGCAGACAAGGAACUGUACUUAAACUAUAGUAAAUAUCAGGUUUGGUCUUGUUUGGAUUCUCCCCCCCCCCCCCCCCCCGUCAGGGGCUAAGCACUCUGUCUGCGCCACUGAAAUCAGUGGGAUUUGCUUUCAAGUAAAUGUGUUUAGGACUGAGAAGCAUGACCUGGAUCGUGAGUAGUAAUGCAUGUACCCUGUCUCUACACCCACAUUUCUGCAUUAACUAGUAUUUAAUUCUUGUGAAACUUCAACUGCAGGGUUAUAAUGCAUGACACUUACCGCUUGCUGGUCUCUAUUGUUUCAAUUGUAAGAUGAAAUAGCUCAGGGGAUUUCUGUUUGUCACUACUAAAAUGGCACCAUGUUACGUUUUGGUACUUUUUGCAGCAAACAUCUGCUGUCCUUAACUAUGAAUUAUGACAAAUGCUUAAAACUCAAUUUCUUGUCUACUCUGUUUAGAAACUUGACAAUGUAUCUGGGUUUCAUCAUAUAAGAAACUUUUAGAGUGCCUUUUUAUAUUUGUGUAUGCUGGGUAUGUAUUGUGAAUAUAUCUUUCUUUCAUUUGAGUGAUACUGAAGCAAUAUAAUACCGAUACUUUUUCAUUUCAAAUCUUAAUUUGAAUGUCGUUUUUUCUUUUUAAAAAUCUACUUGUGUUAACAUGAAAAAUUAAUAUGCUAAAUUUGUAUAGGAAUUGUGCAUAACUUUUUGAAGUGCUGCAAACACUUUCUUAUUACACAAAGCAAACCUUAGGUCAGUGUUAUUGGGAAGGGUGUUUUAAAAUGGUGACAAUCUUGAGUGUGUAUGAAAUACAAUUAUAUGUGUUUGUAAUGCAGUGAUAUACAUAUUAAAAAGCCAAUAUCUAAUGUUUUUUUUUUGUAGUUUUGUCUUCAUAUUUUAUGCUUUUAGCAUGUGCAAUAUAUCUUUACAAACCAUGGUGAUAUGAAUCUGGUGACAGUGUUACAUUUUGUAUGAAAUAUUUGUAAUAAACAAUACGAAAUAUUGUUGAAUGGUUUCAGUGAGUUUGUUGCUAAUUUUUCAAAAUGUAAAUGGAACUUUAAUGACUUACAAAGGAGUUAAAUAACCUGGUUGUACAAAAUGGGUAUAACAGAUUAAUUUGGACCCUGAACUUAUUCAAGCACAGUUUAAUAUCUUUUUCAACUACUGAAUGCUGUAUUAAUUGUAAUGGAUUAACUGCAAAUAAAUAUUGAAAUGCAUUCAGGUGCAUAUUUUUACAAAUAAACGGUACAAAUCUUGCAGCAAAA